CAAGAAGGUGGUCAUAUCCAUUGGAGCACCAUUCAAAGUCGAGAACUUUCACUUCGAGUAGUACUGUGGCUCCAACCCUGGAAUCUCAUUUGCUGCCCGCGCGCGAAAAAAACCCAUGAACUAUUACAGAUGGAUUAAAAUGUAUCUGACAUAAUUUUCAUAAUCGAUUGUUUUUGUAAGUACAGGGAAGCUUUACAUUUUCGAUUUUAUGAGCAUAUGUUAAACCUGCGAAUUGAUAUACGUAUAUUUAAGAUAUUGAUAUCCAUUCUGCGCAAUGCUUACCUGGACAUUAUGAAGAGCAUUUUGCAUGCUUGGGAAAGAAUAGGACUACAUUGCUGCUAAAUAAUUCUGUUCGCCUCAAUUUAACCACUUGAUAUCGCGCGUGGCUAUCGAAAAAACGGAAUCUUGAUAAGUCACCAAGGUACACGCAGCAGCAAUUUAUUUUUUGACAAAAAUAUGAACCGGUUGUGGAUUGCAGUUUUAGUGGUUUUAACCAUUGCAGUUGUACGAAUGUGUGACUGUCGGAAGGACUCAACAGGUGGUGGACAGGAGAUGUGGGGUCAGCUCCGGGCGCGAGCUAGGGGGCAAGGUCACUCCGCAGGGGGAGCGAACGACGCUGACCCCGCCAGACCAUCCAGAGAAAGCUCGCACAGGUCCUCUCACAAUGUAUCGCACUCCGGUCGCGGGGCUCCUGUGAGCUCAUUAUAUCAACGAGAUAACAGGCACGCGACGGUAAUUAAACCAGUUCCAGCUCCCAUUACAGAAGCUUCCCACCGGGCGGACGAUUCCACCGUUGCACAAGAUGCUGCGCGUAGAGCCGCAAGACAGCUCGGCACCCACCAGUCAUCACAGUACAGACCCCGAAUAAUUUACAGACAGAGCAACAAACCCAGCUCCACGCACACCAGGCGCCUUGCAGGGCCUAAUGUAUGUGGAGGUCACCAGUGCUGCUCUGGAUGGGCUGUGGCUUCUGGGACCAACCGCUGUAUAAAGCCCGACUGCCAGCCCCCCUGCAAAAACCGUGGCUCCUGCAGCAGGCCCCACACCUGUGUGUGCCGCUCUGGGUUCCAGGGGGCCCGCUGCGAGGAGGCUGCCCCAGAGCAGGUGUACAUCCACACCGGAGGGUCCCUGAGGCGCAUCCAGCCAGGCACCAACCCCUUCCAGAGAGAGCAGCCCAGGAGGAAACCCACGGAGAGGCAGGCGGUAGACAUCCCCAGCCCUGAGACCACCAGACAGUCUCUCCAGCCUGUGACCCAGGUGAGGCGAGGACCAGCCGACUCUUCGUCUCCCCAGCAGACUGGGACGUCUCGCACAGUCAAACGAUACCCAUCAUCCACUGGCCCCAUCACCUCCAACGCCCUGCCCAAUGGCAACGGACAUGACAAUGGGAAGGGGAAUGGUCGUAACGGCCACAGACCCACCACCAAUGUCCACACCGACAGACAAGUCAGCGAUGCAGUGGCGCCAGCAGGGGCCAACCUUACCUCCAACCUGGACCGCAUCAAAAUCGUCUUCACCCCCAUGGUGUGUCGGAGGGUGUGCAGUGACGGCCGCUGCUACAACAACUGUGAGAAGGGUGACACCACCACCGUCUACAGUGAGAACCAGCACCAGCCACCCAAGACCCAGGGCUUCAGACUCUUCUUCUGUCAGAUCCCCUGUCUGAGUGGUGGGCGCUGCAUUGGCAGGGACCAGUGCUGGUGCCCAUCAAACUCGACAGGGAAGUUCUGCCACCUCCCGGCCCCCCCUUCUGCCAGACCAACCCUCAGCCGGAAGGACGGCAGCCUGGCCGGACUUAACUCCUCAUCCCACUCCAUGUACACCCUGCCGCUGUCCAAUCAACAAGUCUCUCUACAUCCGUCCCUGGUGAAUGUCCACAUCCAGCACCCCCAUGAGGCUGAGGUCCAGAUCCACCAGGUAGCCCGGGUCAAGCUUGGCCAGAGACCCCCCGCAGCCGAGGGGGGUCACUCUAUACAGCAGCGCUCCCAACCUGGCCUUGGCAACGGCAAUGGGCAUGAGCAUGGGCACUCCAAUGGAAACGGACACGGGAAUGGGAAUGGCCACGGAAACGGACACACCUUAGCCAACGGGAACGGCAGCAGCAACUCCAGACCCCACACUCGGCAGAACGGAUAUGUGGGAAGGUGCUUCCAAGAGACCGUCGAUGGACAGUGUGGGAAGCCUCUUCCUGGCCUGACCAAACAGGAUGACUGCUGUGGAAGUGUGGGAGCCUCAUGGGGCCUGAACAAGUGCACAGAGUGUCCAACCAAACCAGCGUAUGCAGUGAUUGCGAACGGCCAAGUGGAAUGCCCCAAGGGUUACAAGAGGGUGAACCUGACUCAUUGUCAAGACAUCAACGAGUGUCUGAUGAACGGGAUCUGUAAGAACGCUGAGUGUCUGAAUACCAGAGGAAGCUACAGAUGCACCUGUAAACCAGGCUACAUGCUGGACCCUGCCAGGAGCCACUGUGUCUCGGACAAGGCUGUGUCGGACCAGAGGGGGAUGUGUUACCGCUCAGCAUCAGCAGGGACCUGCUCUCUGCCUCUCACCCAGCACAUCACCAAACAGAUCUGCUGCUGCAGCCGUGUGGGCAAGGCCUGGGGCACGGCCUGGGGCACGGUCUGGGGCACGGCCUGCGAGAGGUGCCCUCUGCCAGACACAGACCAUUUCAAGGAGAUCUGUCCCGCUGGCCACGGCUACACAUACUCACGCUCCGACGUGAAGAUCUCCCUGAGACAGCUGGAGGAAGAGGAGCUGAGUAGGACAGGUGUUUCCUGGGAGGCCCAGAACCCUAGCCACCCCCAACUGCCCCAGCAGCCAGCUCAGCCCCCGCAGCAGCUGCCCCACAUCCAACAGACCCCACAGAUCCCACAAUACCCCCACCAUCCACAGCACCCCCAAGAGCUCCCACAGCACUCCCACCAUCCAGAGCAUCCCCAGACACCUCCGAACCCUCAGUACCCUCACACUGUACAACAACCCCAGUACCCUCUCCAUCCAGACCCAGACACACAGCAUCCUGCUGAGGAGACCCACAGCCAGCCACAAGAUGUGGAAAUAUUGAACCCGUCUCCUGUUGCGACAGACUCACCAUUGAAGUACUCAGAUGUGGUAGAGAAAGUCACUCCUGGCUCUCCCGUCAACCUGGGGCCUGAGUCUGAGGGCCAGCGUACAGCCUCCAUCAUCGUGGCCACUCAGGUCACAGAUAUUGACAAGUGCGCCAUCACUCCAACCAUAUGUGGCCAUGGGCUGUGCGUGCCAGUGCAGACAGGCUACACCUGCUACUGUGACCCCGGCUACAAGCUGAGCGCGCUCCAGACCAACUGCAUCGAUGUGAAUGAGUGUGAGGAAGACCCUUGUGGAGGGAAGGGCCGUUGUGUGAACACCUUUGGCUCCUACACUUGCCACUGCUACAGCGGCUACAGCAAGGUCAUCACCCAGAACAGGAAGUUCUGCCAUGAUAUAAAUGAGUGUGACAUGGCCAACAAGUGCCAGGAUGGGGACUGUUUCAACACAGAGGGAUCUUACACCUGUGAAUGCAAGAGUGGCUACGCCAAGUCCUGGAGGGGACAGUGUGAAGAUGUGGAUGAGUGCCGGGACCCCCACUCAUGCCCCAGUGGAAGGUGUGUCAAUGCCCCAGGCUCCUUCCAGUGCCAGGCUUGUGGCCCCGGGUUCAAGGCUGCCAGAGGGAGAUGUCUGGACGUAAACGAGUGUUUGGACCAAUCGGUGUGCUUCCAUGGUAGGUGUGUCAACUCCGAGGGCUCUUACAGCUGUAACUGUUACCAAGGAUACCAGGCCUCUUUGGACAACAACAGUUGUCAAGAUGUGGAUGAGUGUCUGCUCCCUGGUGCCUGCCUCCAUGGCAGGUGUGUCAAUCUGGAUGGCUCCCACAGGUGCAGCUGUAACCCUGGUUACCAAGCCACUCCUGACAGCAGGGCCUGUGAAGAUGUCGAUGAGUGUGCUACUCCUAAUGUGUGCCCCGGGGGAAUUUGCACUAAUACCGAAGGUUCCUACUCAUGCAAGAACUGCAGCCCGGGAUUCCAGCGAUCAGCUGAUGGACAGAGAUGUGAAGAUGUGGAUGAGUGCUCCCAAGCAGACAUGUGUCUAGGAGGGGUAUGUGCCAACACAGAGGGCUCCUUCACCUGCACCAGCUGUAAGGACGGAUACCGGGUUUCCCAGGACAGGCAGAGGUGUGAGGAUAUUGAUGAGUGCCAGUCUGGGUCUGUGUGUGCUAACGGAAUCUGUCUGAACUCUGAGGGCUCCUACUCCUGCAUCACCUGUCCCUCAGGCUACAGCGUCUCCCUUGAUGGAGAGGUUUGUGAAGAUAUUGAUGAGUGUGCGCUGCCCACUACGUGCCCCAAGGGAACAUGCACCAACACAGAGGGUUCUUUCAUCUGCACCACCUGCAGGCCAGGCUACAGAGUGACUGAGGAUGGGCUGGAGUGUGAAGAUGUGGAUGAGUGCUUGGUGGCUAACGUGUGCCCAGGCCAGCUGUGUAGGAAUAGUCCCGGAUCCUUCUCCUGCAGGAGCUGUGGGACUGGCUUUACCCUGUCUGAGGACGGCUCCCACUGCAUGGACAUAAACGAGUGCCUGUCCAUGGGGGUCUGUCCCAUGGGCGUUUGCAACAACACAGAGGGCUCUUACUCCUGUAUGACCUGUGACCUUGGCUACACGCUGGCGCCCAAUAAGCUCUCCUGUGAAGACAUCAAUGAGUGUGAGGACAGCGGUCUGUGUUUGGGAGGACAGUGCACCAACAGCCCCGGCUCCUACAGCUGCUCCUGUCCCCCGGGUCUGGAGCUGGUGGAUGGGACGUCCUGUAGAGGCGGUCAGUGGAGAGAGACAGAGGUGCAGCGAGAAGUCAGAGUGGAGAGGUUCCAAGUCGAAUGGCGCGUUGGAGAUGUUAAUGAGUGCAGUAAGGACGGCGUGUGCUCCCAUGGCCAGUGUCUCAACACAGAUGGCUCCUACCUCUGCCUGUGUGAGGCUGGCUUCAAGUACUCUGCAGACACAGCUGACUGUGAGGAUCAGAACGAGUGUAAGGAGUAUGGUAGCUCGGUGUGUGGCAUCUGGCUCUGUGAGAACACCAUUGGCUCGUAUCGCUGCUUCAUGGGCUGCCAGCCUGGCCUGUAUGGACAGGACAACCCAGACUGUGAUAUCGAUGAGUGUGUGAAUGAGAACAUCUGUGGGGACCAUGGCUUCUGUGAGAACACAGACGGCUCCUACCGUUGUCAGUGUGACCGGGGUUACACCAACCCCCCUGGUGAUGCCGGGGCCCAUGGCUGUGUGGACGUGAACGAGUGUGAGAUGAGCACAGCGCUGUGUGGAGAGGCCCUGUGUGAGAACGUGGACGGCAGCUUCCUGUGCAUCUGCCCCAGCGACAAUGAGGAAUUUGAUCCCAUCACCAGCCAGUGCCGCCCGCAGGCAGCUACAGAUGAAGAUGCUCCUCCUCAUCCUCCUAAGCCAGCCUCGCCCACGGAGGAGCCGAGGAAGGAGUGUUACUACAACCUGAACGAUGCUAACUUCUGUGACAACGUGCUGUCUCGCAACACCACCAAGCAGGAGUGCUGCUGCACGGUGGGGUCCGGUUGGGGGGACGACUGUGAGAUCCACCCCUGCCCUGUCCCAGGGAGAGAGGAGUAUAACCAGUUGUGUCCACAUGGUAGUGGUCUUCUGCCCCAAGCUGUUUCCUCCCACAGCCUGGAACAGCAGAGUUUCAAAGAUGUGGAUGAGUGUAAGAUGUUUGGGCCAGAUAUCUGUAAGAAUGGCCGUUGUUCUAACAUCUUCUCCUCGUACUCCUGCUUCUGCCGUACAGGCUUCUACUACGACAACAUCCGGCUGGAGUGUUUGGAUUAUGACGAGUGCCUGACAGAGAAGGCGUGUGUCUGUGGGGUGUGUGUGAAUACCCCUGGCUCUUUCAACUGCUUCUGCAGUCCUUCUCUGGUCCUGGACACCACCUGCCGCCACUGCAUCAGCGUCAACACCACCGAGGAGAUUGAUGAGCCUGAUGAGGACAUCCAUCUGGACAUCUGCUGGCGGGACAUGAUAGAAUUGUAUGUGUGUAUCCAGCCCCUCAUCGGAUGGAGGACCACCUACACAGAGUGCUGCUGUCUCUAUGGAGUGGCCUGGAGUGAACAAUGUGCCUUCUGCCCCAGUAGGGACUCUGAUGACUACGCAUUACUUUGUAACCUGCCUAGGAGAAGGGGCUCUGACAGUCUACGAGAGCGGCCAGGCAAUGAGUACAGCCCUGGUGUCGAGGGUCCUGAAGGGCCCUAUGUCCCCCCCUACUGGGACAACUAUGAAGGAGUGCCCAUCUCUGGGCCUGGGGGUACCUACUACAGCCCAGAGGACACCCAGGGGAAUACCAACGACUAUGGCUCACGAGUGAGAGACAGAGAACCGUCGCUACGCGUCCCCAUCCACCGGCCAAGAGAGUUCCAGCCUCACCCUGUAGACUCUAACAAUGACCACUAUGAUGGCUUUGAAGGCCUGCGAGCAGAAGAGUGUGGUAUCCUGAACGGCUGUGAGAAUGGCCGGUGUGUGCGCGUGAGGGAAGGUUACACCUGUGACUGCUUUGAUGGAUACGAGCUUGACCUCACCAAAAUGGCCUGCAUCGACAUAAACGAGUGUGAGGACAUCAGUGAUAAAGUGGCGCUGUGUAAGAACGGGGCCUGUACCAACACUGAGGGGUCGUACAAGUGCACCUGCCUGCCCGGCUUCCAGGCCUCCGCCAAGCCCCAUGAAUGUAUCCCAGAGGUCCCAUUGUCUGGCCUCAGAGAGAGUGGCUGGAAACUGAGAGUGUAGCUGUUGGGAGGUUCUACUCUCCUCCCUCCACCCCCCCUCAUCCCCGCCCUCUCACAGGGCCUGGCACUAAACCUCCAAGAACUCUGAAACGUCCACGCUUAUCCCCUAAACACACACACCGACACACAUACAAUUCUCUCAUCAUAUUUUCUUUCUACCGCACAAACAUACUCAUUCACAUUUCCACAAGGGAUCAGAAGCUAUGCAGUGAGUGUAUUCCAUGGGAUAUCCUAUUUCUUAACAUUUGCAUUUUGCCUGAAAGGGAUUUUAUUCAGUGACCCCAGACAGUUUGCUAUGCAUACAUACAUAUCUUAUGCAUUGUUUUUCUCCUCCAUUUAUAUUUUGGGUUAAUUAUUUAUUUCAUGUACAUGACAAGACUCUGCAAAGUUACAAUGAAAAACAUUUGAGGGCACAUAUGGUUUAUAUUAUCUUAUUUGUCAGACCAAUAGACUUUACUAAUGAUGAGAGGAAACAGUGUGAAUCGUUUUUGAAGUUGGAUAACUAAACCUGGAGGAAGCUGAUUGCAUGCCACAUGUUAUUCAUAUUGUAACAUAAUAAUCACAUUGCUAUACAGGGAGUCACUUUGAAACCACUUUUUACUUGUAUUUGGGAUGCUUUUGUGGUCAGCGAGGCCUAGAAAAAGAACCAACCACUACUUCCACUGGUCUUCUGUGUUUCUCUGGGUCUUGAAAAACCACUUGGACUUGCAUAACAGUCCUUAGUCCUCAUCCUCCAAGCUAAAAGGUUCCAAUGGUAGCAAGGUAGUCAGUCACAAGAGCAAGAACUGGGAUCAAACAAGGUCCAGGCUGUUACAAUGUUGCUUCAAUCUGUCACCAGCACAAAAGUAUACUGAAGAAAAAAAGGGCAUUGAGUAUGGGCUUGGAAAGGCUGUAAAUGUAUAUGAUGGUCUAUGAUAGAUAUGUAAUAUGUUUGUAUAGGGUCCACUAGCACUUUCCCACUAGUCAGAGUAAAAGACACGUACAAUAUCCUGAGGCAAAUUUUCCUUACAUUCAACCACACAUUCACAAUUUACUUCAGAUCCCAUGUAAGAACACUCCCAUUGAUGCAUCUCUGAAUGUGAGUAAAGGCUUUGUUGAAAAGGUUUGGGAUAUUUUGUACAGAUCUAGUACUAUGUAUUAAUUUUUUGUUACAUUCUAAUAAUGCAUAUAGUGCAACCAAUAUUUUUGUUUGACCAAAAAAAUCCAGCAUUACAGCUUAGCAAUAUGUAGAUUUAUAUAUAUUUCUGUUAAAAUGUUUUUAAACAUAUCUUUAUGUAUGAGAAAAGUGGUUUACACUGUACCAGAUAAAGUGUAUGUAUCCUGCCCUGUGGAGCAGACAUUGAAAUGUAAUUUUAGGGGAAUGGCAGCACUGUUUUCAACACAAUGUGGUGCCAUUGAUCCUACAAGUACAAAACAAAGACAUGCCUUUUAAAAUGCAACCAUUAUCUGUUGUGCCAUUAAAACUAAGCCUUUUUUGCCUUUCAAA